UCGCUCAGCGUUGUUAGUUCGUUCAUGUUCACGCGAUUUAGUGGAAUCCGCGACGCGAAUUAGUUAACAGACAAAAAAAAUACAUACACAAGCUACAAGAAUCAUGGAAGCGGAAAAUUCAACGAUGACUUUCGAGGAGGCCUUCAAGGCGUUCUCCAAAUUCGGUGACAUCAAAUCCGACGGAAAGAGCAUCUCCCUUUCCCAAAGCGAUAAAUGGAUGAAGCAGGCGAAAGUGAUCGACGGCAAGACCAUCACCACCACCGACACCGGCAUCUACUUCAAGAAGCUAAAGUCCCUGAAGGUUUCCCUUCCCGAUUACAACAAAUUCCUGGAGGAUUUGGCCAAGGCGAAGAAGCAGACCGUCGAAGACAUGAAGACGAAGAUGACUUCGUGCGGAGCUCCAGGUUUCAGCGGAACCGGCGUGGCCAAAGGCAACAGCACCGUUAACAGGUUGACAGACACCUCGAAGUACACCGGAACCCACAAGCAGCGCUUCGACGAUUCCGGAAAGGGCAAAGGCAUCGCCGGAAGAGUGGAGCAGGUCGACGGUUCCGGUUACGUUUCCGGAUACCAGAACAAAGACUCCUUCGGCAAAGCCUAAACGAUUUACACGAAUAGUGCACAAACCGAAUUUUGUUAAGUGCGGAUGAGAGUUUGAGAACGUGGAUGUUUUCAAAAUUUAUAUUUUUAGGUGGAAUUGUAUAAAAGAGAAUAUGUAUACAACGUUUGGGGGGAUGCAGCUUUAACGCCUACUAUUUAACUACUUUACUUUUAAAUCUUAAAGCUUUGUCAAUUUUUUCAGUAGACUGCGUUUGUAAAUUCAAAUUUUUCAAUAAUAAAUUAAGCAAUUUGAACACAU